AUACAGAAAGAACAAAAAAUUAAUAAAUAAACAAACAAGAAACCUGCCUUUUGUUUUAGUAAAUAAUCUAAUCAAAUAAAUAAGAUACAUAGAAACUAAAAUUUCUAAGAACUGUUAAGAAAUAUUAUUGAUUUGAAAUCAAGUAAUAUGAGUAGGAGAGUCCAAUAAAUGCUAUUAAUUAUAGCUCUUUUAGGUACUCUUUAGGUUGUCACAUCUUAAAAAAUUAUUGUAUCAAGCUACAUUCAAGCCAAAGCUUAAAAUGUGAUUACAGUACCUAAAGAUUAACUAUCAUAAAUUAAAUCACUUUCGAUUGAAGGUUGGGUUCGCCCUUCUUAAACUAUGGAUUACCCAUAUCCCGCAUCUGUUCCAAGAAAGAGUUAUUCUUUAAUUAUGGGUUCUAGUACUUCUAGUUCUGGUUGGGGUGAUAAUGUUAAGGGAGUUGACUCAUUUUUGAACUUAUACACAAAUAAGUGGACAGAUCAAUCCGGCUUUAUUUUAGCCUAUGAAAAUGGAAAGAACUUCGAAUACAUUUACAAUAACUUAAGAUAUGCUGAUUUCUUUGGUCGUUGGUUUUUUGUCUACGGUGUCUAUCUUAGUGAUAUAUAAAAACAUUAUUUAGUAACUUAUAGCGCUUAUGACGAAUCUUGGUAAGAGGCUAUUUCAUCUGUUGUAAAGAAAAAUCCCAUCAUCGACUUUUAUCAAUUUAGUGUUAACUCUUAAGAUGUUAAAAAGUCAGUUUAAUUCAAUGGAUAUAUUGCUGAUCCAAAUUUGACAUAUUCAGCUUCUUCCUCUUACUAUAGCUCUUUAGAUUAACUAAAGGCAUACAUUUCAUAAAAAUAAUAAAAACCAAAAUAUAUUGGAGUACUUUAAAAAACAGUAUUCACAUACAUUGGUCAAAGUGCUACCAUACCAGAUGGUGGUUUAUAUGAGUCUUUCGGUAAUUACUAAGGAGCAGAUGAAUACUCAAUUAAUGGUUAAGCUCAAUUUACUGGUGCUUUCGCAUCUGUUGGUAAUACUAUCUUAUUUAGACUUGGCACAAAUAACCCAGAAGUCUUCAAAAGUUUCUACGAAGAAGGAGAUCUUGCUUUGUUAGCCUAUGUUUAAAAUGGUAAAAAAACUUGUAUGCAAACUUAUCGUAUUAAUCUGUCAGCAACUGAUUUAACAAACGGUAAACAAUGUUUUGAUGUUGUUCCUAAGAAGGGAGAGUGGUUUUACUUCUAUUAAGGUUACAGCAGAAAACUUGGAAGAGUUUUUAACUAUGUUAGAAUUGGUGGUUAAAACUAUUAUGCUGCUACCACAGAUGUUCUUCACGUUGAUCCAAAUGCUUUCUAUUUAUUCGUUGGUCAAGAUUCUGUUAGUAUGAAAUGGGCUGGUUCAUUCUAAGGUUUUAACUUAGAAUUUGGUCCUGGUGCUUACAGAGAAACCCUAAUCACUGAAUUCCCUCCUGUUAAAGAUAAAUCAGUUAAAGAUAAAGUUGUCAUUCCUAAGACAUAUGUUGAUCCUUAAAUCUUAUAAUCAAAGGCUUCCUAAACUUUAGCUAUUGAUGCUAAAAUUGUCAGCCAAAACUACAUUAGUAGUGUAAAGGAAUAUGCUAUUCAUUUCUGGUUCAGAAGAGACUUAAUUACUCCAGAAUUAAUUGACUUCUAAGCAGCUAAAUCAUAAUAAUCUGUUGCAGGUGUUACAGAACGUGAUGAUUACACAAGUACUGAUGUUGCAGGAGAUGCCGCUCUUUCAAUUCAAUAUCUCGAUCAUUCUAAAGGUGAUUCUCCAGCUUUUGUUUUCACAACUUAUAAUGAUGCAGGUUCAGACAAAUUCAAAUCAGCUACAGUUAAUUUUGAUACUAAGUUCGAUUAAGGUUAAUGGAUUUGGGUUUAUUUUGCUUAUAGCUAACCUUUGCAAUAAGCUAGUAUUUAUGUUGGAUUACCUGAUGGCUAAACAAAGAUUGUUAAACAGAUUAACUAAGUAAGCCACUCAUAAGCUCAUAACUUAAAAGCUCUUAUCGGAAGGUCUGGUACAACAAUGAACCCAGUAACAGGUCAAUUUUACGAUGCUUAAUUCGUCUAUUAUGAUGGAUGUUAUCAAUCUUCCACUGCUACUAUUGAAAACUAUAAGGCUGCUAAUGUCAAAAAUCCUCCUUCCACUCAACCAAAAUAAGGUGUUUACAGUGCUUUUGAUAGAAAAUCAUUUAGCAAAAAAAAUCCUCCUACAUAAAACCCUAAUUAAUUCACCACUGAAGUUGCUGGUGCUUUACAAUAUGGUUUAGCUGCUUGGGCUAGAUGGAAUAAGUCUUCCUUAAAGAAUGCAGCUGGUAAUUUAUUAUUUACACUCUCGAUUUACGAUAAGACAACCAUUGGAAAGACAUAUAACAAACUUGGUUCUCUUGUUCUCUAAGUUUAUUACAAGAAAAAAUACUUGUACUUUUCAACUUACUAAUACGUUCAUGCUAAAUUGAAAGAUGUCAAUCCUGCUGUUCAAAAAUUCUUUGUUCCAAAGAAUGCUCGUACUUCUUGGUGUUAUUACUACUUUGGAUAUUCUCACUUAGAUCAAUAAGCAGUUGGAUCUGUCAAAUGCUUAUCAGGAUUUUAACAUGAAGUCAAAUUUGAUAAUACUAAUCACAUUAUUCCAUCAGCUUUUACCUUCCAAGUAGCCAAAGAUGACAUUUUAAACAUAUGGAAAGGAGAAGUAUAUCAACCCUCUGUUAUUAUAGGAUAUCCUGUUGCUUUGAACUUUUAAUAUGAUAACGCUUAUUAUCCUUAAGACCCUUCAAGCGGCUCUUUACCAGAUGAUGAUGAUUCUGGCAAUAAGCAACCUGAUGAAGGAGAUGAUGACGAACCAGAAGAAGAAGAUGAUCCAAAAGUCCCAUCCAAGCCAGCAACUGACCCUUCCACUCCUGCUACCAACACAACCACUCCUGUAACUAAUCCAGUUAAUCCUGCAACUAACUCAACUACUCCUGUAACUAACACAACUACUCCUGAAACUAACCCAAUUAUUCCUGCAACUAACACAACCAUUCCUGCAACUAACACAACUACUCCUGCAACUAACACAACCACUCCUGAUGUUACCCCAGUUAUUCCUGCAACUAACACAACCACUCCUGCUACUAACACAACCACUCCUGCUACUAACACAACUACUCCUACUUAACCUUAAUAGCCUAGUUGUGCAGUUAUUUAUUCAGAAUGUGGUUACACUAAUAAGAUUUAAGAAGUUUGUUAGAAUAUCCCUAGUUUAGAAAUUAGAAAUAUUAGAAGUAUUCAAGUACCUAAUGGAACAACUCUUAAAUUCUUCCAAAAAGAAAACUAUAAAGGUGUUAAUGUUAAAUUUUUGUAAAGCGUAGAAUGCAUUGAAUUAGGUUUGAAAGAAGACCCUAAAAUUUAAUGGGAUGAUUUAGUAAAAUUAUUUAAUGCUGGAAAAAUCGGAUUUAUUGAUUCAGAAGGUAAUGAUAUUGGGCUUCACAAAGCUAAAAAAGUAUUCUUUAAGACAAAUCUAAGAAUGUAACUUAGAAAGAAACACUCAAGUGAUUGA